AUGGCCCGCCUCAGCGGCCUUCCCUCUGAGCACCAUCACGAGGGCCCAGGCGACGCUCCACGACGCAAGCGCGGUCGCCCGUCUAAGAGCCAGAGCCAGAGCCAAGCUGUCGACGACGACAUGACGUCCACCACCAAGCGUCCUGCCUCUCCUUCGGCAGAGAUCUCGCAGACCAAGCGCACCAAGCGCGUGGAUGUCGAGGCCGAGGACGACGAGCACGAGGAUCAGAUCGCCGAAGAGAUACAACAGUCAUUUUCACGGUCGCAGCAGGGAGAGGAAGGUACGAUCCAUGUCGAGCAGCGCAGCCACACCACCACCCGCCGCAACAAGCGCCGCCAGUCAGAGCCAUUGAUCGGUCGUGAUGGCGGCAGCGACGACGAACUUGCCUAUCCAACCCUUCCUUCCACACAGCCGAUCAUGGGCCUGACACCCCACCUUGAUCGCGUUGGCGCCUCGCGCUCUCGCUUCACUAAUGCGCGCCGGUCGCGCAUGUCGAUGCCAGCCUCAUUCCAAGUGGAGCCCAUUGACGAAGUCGAUGAGACCAGCACCCAGGUCCAGUUCGUACCCCUCAAAGCCGCCCUCGAUGGUCGCACCCGUCGCCGUCUCCGCCGCAGCCAUCUGAGCCAGGAGCUCAUCAACAUCGAAGACCACCAAAGGCAGGACAAGAAGCAGUUGCUGGAACUCCGCCGACAGCUCAAGGCGCAGGACAAGAAGAUUGCCGACUUGGAAUUUCAAAUCGAGGCUCGUCGCUUGGGUGAGAUUGACAUGAGUGACGAGCAUGCUGCAGAAUUGGAGAACGCCUUGGAAGAGGCCCGCAAUGAGAUCAAUGAUCUGCGAGCCUCGUCCAUCUACAACGGUGACGAUCGCAACAUGGACGACUUCUCUGAUGAUGAUGACGAUCUGCUACUUGUCAACCCAGACGAGCUUGACUUUUCACAAGACUUGGUCAUGGAAAACACACCCAAUGGAAAAUACGCUGCUCGCGUGCAAGAACUCUCCCAGUCGGUCACGCUUGAAUCCUUCCCUCGCAUUUCCCAGGUCAGUCACGAUACUCUGAUGGACAUGGACGACACCGUCGUGCCCAAGGGCCUUGACAACCAGGCCGUCCAACGCUACGAACGAGAGCUUGAGCAGUACAGUCGGGCACUUGGCGAGUCACAAGGCGCGCUGCGCGUCAUUACACUAGAACUCCAAAAUCUCCACUACAUGGAAGCUGGUGCUACCGCCAAGGAUAUACUCACUGAGAUGCGCCAUGGCUUCGACACUCUCCGUGCAGAAAUGGAGAAGUUUGUUCCGGGAUCCACCAAAGAUCUCACGUAUCAGCAGCUUCUUCAGAAGAUCCCUGAGCUCUUCGGUGGCAUCUUUAUGGAGUUGAAGGAGCAGAUUGCCUUCGUUGCCAAUUCUCAGCAAACCGAGGUACUCUUGCGACGUCAAUUUGAAGGCGUCCUGGAUCUCCUGGGCGAGUCUGAAGAUCGUGUGAACAAACUACAGAGUGAAUUACACACCCUUGACAAGAGCAACGAGGACAAGCAGAGGACUAUUCUUGACCUGGAAGAGCAGACCACGACGCUGACGGCCCUGGCUGAGCGGCAGAACACUCAGCUGACCGAGAAUGACGCUGAGAUGGCUGGUCUCCGCGACGAGAUUGAAGGCAAGGAUACCUCUUUGGAACGUCUGCGCGAGGCGAUUGAAAAGUACCGCAUGGAGCUCGACGAGGUUACCGUCGCUGCCGCCAAAUUUGAACAGGAGCACCACGACAUGAUUGAGCAGAUUGAACGAGAACACGCCAUUGCCAUUCAGAAUCUUGAGACUGAGCGGGCUGCUGAACAGGAGGGUCGUGAGGCUGCUGAAGCGGACGCCAUGCAGAAGCAAGAUGUCAUCGACGACCUUGAGGCCAGCAUUGAGCGUAUGGAGACCGAGGUGGACGCCAUUACCCAGGACAUGAAUACUCUUCGCGAACGUCUUGCUGCCGAAUCCGAGGGCCGUGAGAUAGCCGAAACCGAGCGCGAUGAACAGACCGAUCUUGCGUACCAGCAUGCCAACACAAUCGAGAAUCUAAAUGAGCAGAUACAUGAACUGAAGGAGCAAUUGACCGAGUUCCGCACCAGCCUCAAUGCUGAGCGCGCCCAACGCGAGAAGACGGAGGCUGAGAUUGAUGGGGCGAACGAGAAGAUUGAGGAUCUCACCACGCGUCUCCAUGAUUCUGGGCUACAAGCAAACGAACUUCGGUCUAAGCUGUUCCAGCUCCAACAGGAGAAGGAGGAGACCAUUGCCACGCUCCAAGAAGAGGCUCGUGAGCGCGAGGAAGACCUUACCGAGCAGCUCAACCAAGAGACGGAUAGUCGUGUGGAGGCGGAGGACACAAUCGUCAGGCGUGAUCAAGAAAUCUUGGACCUGCAGGCUACCCUCAAAGCGGUGGAGGCGAAGUUGGCCAAUGCGGCACAAGGUCUCAUCGCGACUGAACAAGAUCGCGAUAGCCAGAUUGCCACCCUCACCAACCAGCUUGCAGAUUUGCAGAACCAACACACCGCACUAGAGAACUCGACCAACUCUACCAUUGCCUCCUUGCAAGCCAACAUCACCGACCUCAACAACCAGGUUUUGCGACAGCAAGCUGAGAUUAAGCGUCUCAAUGAGCAGCUCGCAGAAAGCAACCGCGCGCACCUGGAGGAGACUACUAUUCUAGAGGAAAAGAUUGUUGAUCUCGAAGAGAAUCUGGCGGCCGCGCAAGCCGACAACGCCAGCUACCGCAAGGAAAACACUUCGCUGUCCCAGCGCGUUGAGUCGGAAGCCAACGAGCUCCUCAACAUUGUCGGCUCCCACAACGACGAAGUCCUUUCCCUCCGCACCGUCAUCGCGACCCAAGCGGCCACCAUUGAGAACCUCAAGAGCGCCUCGGAGCAACGCGCACAAGAGCUCGACGAGCUGCUCGACGAGCGCAACCGCGAAAUCACCGAGCUCCAGCUUCUAGGGGACGCACGCAUGGACACCAUUGUCGGCCUCGAACAACAAAUCGACAAGCUCAAGGAGCAAUUCCGCCUCGCAGAAGAAGACACGCGCGUCACAAUCGACGCCCUGACCACCUCGCAGCGCGCACUCCAGGAGCAAAACGAGAAGCUUGCGGACAAGCUCAAGGAGCGCAACGCCGCGGCUCUCCACGCCGUUCAGGAAAUGAAGGCCCAGCGAAUCGAGGUGCGGUCGCAGCCGAUGGAUUUGAAUCGCGUGGUUGCCGGCAAGAUUGUCAAGGCGGGGGACAAGGUCAAGGUGGGCAAGAAGAGUGGUGGGAAGAAGAAGGUGUCGAGGAGGCAGUGGGACAGUGGGUUUGGGGUUGAUGAGAAUGUCGAGGAUGACGAGGGGGAAGCCUCGGUUGCUGUGUAG